AUGCAAAUCCAUCUCCCCUCAAUUUUGAUCCUCGCAGUUCUUUUAGCUGUCACUCAAUCAACUAUAUCCCACCCUAUCCGAACUAGCAAAUGGGUCAAGAAACAGAUUCCAGACUCCUAUGCUGGUGGAAUAUGGAAGGUCUUUGAGAAAGAAGAAGAUGAUCUAUUACCCGAUCCACCACACGUCAAAUAUAACGGAAACCCAGCAUGGCCAACCAACCAAAAUGACGAACCAACAGAGCAAGGCAAGCCGCUUAUGCGGCCUUGGGAUGUCUUUUCAGCUAGCGUUUUUAGCUAG